AUGGAGGAACAAAUAGAACAAGCCGUCACUUUUGCCUUAAGUCCCACAGCAGAUCAUAGUCUGAAAAGUCAGGCCAUGAAUUUUUGUGAACAAGUGAAAGUAUCUCCCGAGGGUUGGCCUUUAUGCCUUUCAUUAUUUGUCCGAUUCCCGAAAAGUACUCCUGAAUCGCGAUUAUUUGCUUUACAAGUUAUGGAAGACGUAUUGAAAAAUAGAUUUUCUUCGCUGGACGCGUCACAGGUUCACCAAAUCCAAUCUACAUUAAUGGAUUUUGUUAAACGGGAGUAUGUUCUUGGGGAGGAUGGAUCAGAAUUUAGUACAGAACCUCAAUCAUUAAUUCAAACAAAUAAUGUAAAUGGAAAUAAAACAAAUAUGCGUACUAUUGAUAUUUUUUUGAGAAUAUUGUUGGCGAUAGAUGAGGAAGUCGCGAGUUUAGUGGUUCCUCGAGAAAAGGAUGAAGUGCAAAGGAAUUCUAAUAUCGUAAGUAUCAUUUUACUUAAUCCUAAUAAAUAG